UCCUGGGUCCUCUAGUGGUAGCACCGCAAGAACUCCGGGUGAGCAUGCUACGCCUGGCAGUCAGCAUCGGACCCUCCUCGAGCAGAUUGACGCCGUGUACCCGAGAAGCGCGCUGGUUAAUUUCUUCCACACGAACAGAACACAGUUCUACCCCCGUGCUUUGCUGCACUGUCUGGACCGACUCGCCCCGGCGCUAGGUGCCGCGUGU